UCAAUCAGAAAGGGACAUCGUCAGGGAAAUUUGCAAAAACCGACGCCACUUUUACUUAUUGGAUUGCCGCGGUCACCCGAACUUUUACGCACGCUUAAUACUGACAAGUGGACAAGAACCAUGGUACUCCCGUCGUAUGUGAAGGUGGGCCAACAAGUACAACACCUUAUGCGCCUAACCAUCAAGUGGAACCACAAGGAUGCGCUGCCGAUAUUCGCGCUCGAGGUCGACCCUAAAGCGCAACAACCCCCAUUGGCCGUGAUCCCCAAGGGCUCAGCUGGUCCGUACUUGUCGGCAGCCGAAACGGUUUUUUGUCGGUUGCAUGUUGUAGGGAAGUCCUCGAUCCUCGAUGUAUAUGCACCCCCAUUCGAGGCACAAACGACUGCCAGUGAAAUUCGCGUUCUGUUUGCCCAUUGGCAUGACGAGCCGACACACCGUGCCGCAAUCGGGUAUCUACGUGUCAGUGCUCCCGACCAAAUCGGCUUCAGCGACUUCAGAACUUCACUGGCCGAAGGCAUACCACGCAACAUGCUGGACAACACCGCUUUUAUUGUCGGUUUCCGUAUACCAUACUACCCAUUUCACUACGAAGCAAAUCUACGGGUGUACAAUAGUAUCGACCGGGACAUUGCAUUUCGACUGGUAUGCUACCAUAAAACGGGUAGCACGGUACGGUGCGAGGACCGUUUAUCCCUUCGUGCGUUACGGAAUAACCUGGUCACCCCAGCAAAGGUGGAAGUCCGUGGAAACACGAAGACAGUAGCCGUACCAACCGAAGCAAAGCAGGGGGCGGGUGCAACUCCGGUAUCCGAGACCGAACCCAACACACCAAUAGCCACGGGCGACCCAACUCUAUUGACGCUCUUGACCCAAGUGGGCAUGCAUGCGAGGAACCUGCUGAGAUCGUACCAACAACAAUUGCACCAUGGUGGCCGGAGCAUUCGAACUCCAACCAUGGGACCGUCUACGCUGUCCUCAUCCUCAAUACCAACUCAGCCACGAACCACUGUUCAACCAACCACCUCCUGCCCGGUACGAUUCAUCCGCACCAUCGGUCUGCCCCGGCGCAGUCUACUCUAUACAUCCACCGAACCCAUCCCGACAGCACCAGUUGUAGUUCCGGGAAGCCCGUCUAUGGCUCGUCGCCGAGAUGCUUUACGCCAACCCAAUCCGUCGUCGAGUCCUGAGAAGGAAUUCGUCGGUCGGGCUCGGCGAUAGGUGCCAACAAGCCCAUAAGAACAACAAAAAAAAAAAAAAAAAAAA